ACAUACAUAAAAAGAGCAACAAACAAUUCGAUCUCUAGCUCGAAAACUAUCAUAUACACAUAAAUCAUACGUUGUUACACAUUUUUUUUUUUACUACAUGGCUCCGACUUCGUCCCCAAACAUGGAAGUCGAUACAAACUACGAGCGCAAGGACGAAUUAAAGGCCUUCGACGAGUCACAAAUGGGUGUAAAGGGCCUUAUUGACGCGGGGGUAACACAAUUACCCCGUAUUUUUGUCAAUGACCUACCACCAUCCCAAGACUCAACAAAGGUGAACAACAUUCAACAACUAAGUAUUCCAGUGAUAGAUUUCACUGGAUUAGAGGAUGGAGGUCCCGAGAGACGAAAUGAGAUUAUGAAGGAGUUAUCCGACACGUGUGAGAAGUGGGGGUUCUUCCAGGUCGUGAACCAUGGAAUCCCCCCACAUGUGUUGGAAGAGAUGCUUAAAGGUGCUAGGAGGUUUCAUGACUUGGAUGCCGAGGCCAAAAAACCGUAUUAUGUUCGUGGGAUUGACCCUAAAAAGAAAUUCGUGUUCACGUCCAAUUUUUAUCUCUAUACUGGACAUGUGACAAACUGGAGGGAUACUACAAUUGCUAUCAUGAACCCUAUGCCCGAGCCAGAAGAAUUCUCGGAAACCUGCAGGGAUAUAAUGAUGGAGUAUGGAAAAUGCGUGAGGAAACUAGGGCUGACAUUGAUGGAGUUGCUAUCUGAGGCUAUGGGUCUAAACCCGAACCAUUUGAAAGACAUGGAUUCUGCUGAAGAACACUUGCUGUUGACCCAUUAUUAUCCUCCAUGCCCGCAACCCGAAUUGGCAAUCGGAAUCAACCAGCACGCUGAUAAUGACAUCGUCACGGUUCUCCUACAAGAUGACAUUGGUGGACUUCAAGUUCUUCAUGAUGAUGUUUGGUAUGAUGUUCCUCAUAUUCCUGGCGCUCUGGUCAUCAACACUGGCGACCUUUUACAACUAAUUAGCAACGACAAGUACAAGAGUGUAAUCCAUAGGGUGCAGUCAAAGAAGGUUGGUCCAAGAAUUUCAGUGGCUUGUUUCUUUAGGCCCGGCAUGAAAAAUUCAAGAUUACUUGCACCAAUUAAGGAAUUACUAUCCGACGAAAAUCCAGCAAUCUAUAGAGAAACCACUGCUGGGCAAUAUCUUGCUCAUUACACCAAAAUUGGCCAAGAUUAUGGUGUUGAACCGGCUCUAGAAUAUUUCAAGCUCAACAAAUAAUUAAUUAAGACGACAUGAUAUUCGAUCGAAUUUCGAAAUAUUGAUCUAAAUAGUAAUGUAAUUGAUCUAUUGUGCUCAUACUUGUACCAAAUUUGUUUUUUACUUCAAUCAAAUAAGUGUUGUAAUAAGGGGAAAUGUAUUCAAUUUUCUGUCCGAAAUUAGUUGAUUUUUCAUUUUCUUUUGAA